CUCAUUUUACGAAACAUUAACGCUAUGGUGACAAGGAUUGCUUGCCAUACAUAGCAUAAAAAAGACAAAAGCUCGUUGGAAUAUUGAAUAUCCAGUUUGUAUACAUUAAAAGCUAACUGAGCAGAUUGUUCUAUUAUACAUGAAAACAAAUGGAGGAAGAAAAUUCUGCGCAGAAAAGGGUUGUUGUGUUGGCAAUGGACGGCAGCACUGAAGCAGAAACAGCCUUGCAAUGGUUUGCAAAGAAUAUUUAUAGACAGGACGACGAAGUUCUGGUCAUACAUUGUUUACACCAUACAGCCAAUCAUGCCAUGGGGUGUACAGAGCACAUGACGAUGGGAGUGUUGUUCUCUUCUUUCCAAUCGCUUGACUUCAAGGCUAUAGAAAAGGCAUUCCAAAAAGAAACAAACGACGCAGUUCGACUGUGUAGUCAACUUGAAGAACUGCUUCAAAAAUAUGAAAUUCAAGGUAAAGUAAUACGUGUGCAAGGCGAUCCUGGUCACAAAAUAGUAACGACUGCAGAAGAAUGCAAAGCUUCAUUGAUUGUUCUAGGAAGUCGUGGACAUGGAGCUAUCAGACGGACAGUUCUAGGAAGUGUUAGUGACUACAUCUUACAUCAUGCAACUAUUCCAGUACUCAUAUAUCGUAAUUGAUUCCAAUAUAGUGGAAAUUUCUAAAUUGUAGUGGACAAUCGAUCAAAUUAGCCAUGAACAUCAACGGGACCAGAGAGAUUUGUUUAUGUCAGACUUCGAAUUUGAAAAUGAUCAAAGUUUUAUUUCUGAAUCUUUCAGUCCAAAAGAUACGCAACUGAAAUGGACUGAGAUUGUUGUGGUUUAUUUUAUUCUUUCUAAUAAAUGUUCAUUCCUC